AUGUCGGCGGCAACGAAAUCAAAGCCAGGACCAAAGCGCAAGUUGACCGAUUCGGCCAGAAAACGCAACAAAAAAGAAGCAAACUCUAAACUAAAUAAAAACAGAAUUUAUAUCGGUGAUCAGUAUGAUCGAUGGACUGAGCUGAAGACCGAUCUCCAUCUCAACAAUAACACCGAAGUUGCAAAGAUUCUCCUUGACAGGUAUCUUGCAACCCAACCACCAAUAGAAUAUCAGGUUGAAGAAAUUCAAAAAACUCCAGUGAUUGGAGUGCAAGUUGGUCUGUCAACACCAGAUGUUAAACAUGUGCAGACUUCAACACCUGGACCUUCUUAUAAAACUCUGAUUCAUCAACUUGCUUGUCCUGUAUCAGAUAUUUCUUCUGAAUUAAGCAACAGGGAUGAGGAGUUAUCUGGUGUAGAAGCAUUGCCAACAAAGAGGCGGAAACUUCAGAAGUCAACACUGUCAAACAGUUUUCUUUAUAGUCCACAGUUAUCUGUAAUUGACAUCACUGAAACUGAUGACCAUGAGGAUGACAGUUCUUCAGAUUCUGAUUAUGAGCCAAGUUUCAAUAUAAGUUUGAGACCUAACACUGCCAACUUCACCUCACUUGACAUAGAAAAUUAUUCAGAUGAAGAAGAAUACAAUGAAAAUGAAGAUGAUGACAUUUGUGAGCCAAGUACUGAUGUACAAGACAUGGUAAAGAUUUCCAAAGCAGAAGACAUUACAUCAGACCAGUCAUUUCUGGUGUACAACCAAUGCCUGAUGAAGCUUGCAGCAAUCAAUGUCCCAAAAACCUGUACAGCAAAAAACUGUGGAGCAGAAGUCUCUGUCACCAGGAGUAUCAUUGGAUCAGCAGUACAUUUGAAAUGGGUUUGCAGACAAAAACAUGUAUUGUACGAGUGGUGCUCCCAACCCAUUUUAAACAGAAGAAUGCACAGUGGGGACUUGAUGCUUGCAUCAGCCAUUUUGCUCUCGGGAAAUAACUUUAAAAAGAUUGAAUUGAUGUGUAAAUUUUUAAAUCUUCCAAUAAUAAGUAACACCACCUUUCAUAAAAUACAGAGGACAUAUCUUAUUCCAUCAGUAGAUGAGUUUUGGGCUGAUAAUCAAUUGAAUACCAUCAACCAAUUCCUUGGUGAAGAUUUGGUCAUCCUUGGUGAUGGAAGAAUGGACAGUCCUGGACAUUCUGCACAGUUCUGCUCCUAUACCUUUAUGGAGUAUAGUUCUAAAAAAAUUCUAUGUGUGGUCACCAUGGACAAAAGAAUUACGGAACUAAAAAGCACAAAUUUAGAGAAAGCUUGUUUCAUCAAGGGUCUCAAUUUCUUGCUUGACAGUGGUUUGAAAAUUGUUGAGGUGGUCACAGAUGCCCAUAAUCAAAUUGCUGCAGUGAUGAAAAAAGACUACAAGCACAUUCGCCACUCAUUUGACAUAUGGCACGGUACUAAGAACUUAGGAAAGAAAAUAAUGUCGGUUGGACAAGAGACUGAUAAGAAGGAACUACUGAAUUGGACUAAAGAUAUAAUGAAUCACUUUUGGUAUUCUGCACAGAUCAGUGAAACAUACGAAGAAUUUAUUGGUGUCUGGUUUGGGCUUCUACAUCAUGUGACUGACGAGCAUGAGUGGAUACUGGCAUAUGGAGACAAUGCAUCGAGUUCUUGCAGUCAUGGUCCAUUAACGGAGGAGAGAACUAAAGGAUGGAUGCAGAAAGGCUCACCAGCACAUGUUGCAUUGCGAUACAUUGUUAUGGACAAAAGAAGACUCAACCAAGUUCAUUAUUACUUGAAUUGCAGAAGCACAGCAGAAUUGGAGAAUUUCCAAAAUUUAAUUUUGGUGUAUGCCUCCAAAAGACAUUCCUACAGUCCCCCAACGUAUAGGACAAGAAAUUACCUUGCAGCACUUGACCAAAAUGGUCACUGUGAGAGAGAAACAAAGAAAAACAAGGAUGGUUCUAUAAAGUAUCAAAGAUCCUUCAACAAAAAAAGUGGUGUCUGGUCCGUACACGAAUUGAAAGCUGAAAAAAACUACCCCUACAUUCCGGCUUUGAUUCAUAAAAUAAUCACAAAGUGAUUGGAAGAUGCUAUUGGAAUGUCUCAAAAUGUUGUUUUAUCAGCAGAUGAUCCUAGAAGAAUUUCCAAGACCUUGGCACCAAUUCCUCCACCUACAACUCAAGAACUUGUCCUUAAACAGAAAUCUAGAUUUGUUGAUCAAUCCAAAUAAGACUUUCGAUUAUUCUUGGGACACUAGUGACACUCUUGAGCCUUUUGACUUUC